AUGGCUCUCUCUGACCACCUUGCUACGGAUGACCUGACUGUUCUCCUCGGUCUCAUCGCUGCUUCUGUGUUCUUGCUUACCAACUUGUACAAGCCUCAGCCGCUCGUGCAUCCUAUACUGCUCGGACGACAGAGUGAUGUGGGCAGGGUGAGAAACCCAGGAGAGAGUGCUGUACACAGAAACUAUGCAACAGGUCUCAUGGGCAGGCUUCCGACGAGACCGGCGAAGGAGGUAUUGACCCUCAUUGAUUUGGUGAAACCUGAAUUCGAUGCUCCUCGUACUCUAUGGUCCACCAAGAUUAGCAAUACGGAGUUGCGAGCUCGUGCGGCCGCAUUCGGUUCGGGCCUCCUACGAGCCGGCCUCACUCGGGAUUCGAAUGUUCUUUUGCUGCUCAACGACUGUGUCGAAUUCCUCAUCACCGACAUUGCUUUGGCGUCUCAUUCGAUCCCUUCCUUCACCCUUUCAUCACCUUCUCUGAUCUCUCCCGUGCUGGACUCUCACCCUCCUUCCGGCAUUAUUAUUGACGCUGCUUUCCUGCCUCACGUACUUGAACUGAUCUACGACUCUAAUGAGCUUGCCCACCAUGUUGUCGUCGUCCUCGGAGAACCUGACGCUAGGACAGCUCAAAUGGCAUCGAAGCACAUUAAACUCGUCAGGUGGGACGACGUGGAGGCGGAGGGGAAGCAAGGGCAGCUGCUUGCGAGCCCUCCACCAGAACCGGACACUGUCUUCACUGUAUCUUUCUUUGAGGACAACACUGGAAAGCUGCAGGCCGCUCAGCUGACUCACCAAAACCUAACUGCUGGUGUUACCGCGACCCGUGCCCUGCUCCCCCUGUCGAACCCUAUGUCACCUUUGGAUACUAUCGUGUCUGCUCACUCCUUGAGCACCACCUUUGGUCGAUCCAUCGCCUACACAGCUCUGCAUGAGGGCACGAGCUUCGCUACGCUCGCCAGCACCAAACAGUACAGCGGUGAAGGAGCUGCAACUCCUGGUCUUCAGGAUCUCUUCUCUACGAAAGCGUACCCACUGCCUUCUCCCACUAUUCUGUUCAUCAAACCCACCCAUCUCACUGCCCUCACCUCGUCUAUUACGUCAGAAUCCGAAAAGAGUUUCGCCUUCCCUAUGGCCUGGAGACAAAAGAUGGCUGGUAUCAUGGACGGCUACAUCACGAAAGAAGGUCUCUGGGACCGUCUUGUCUUCGAGGGCGCUCGCACCAAGGUCAUCGGCGAAGGCGCGGGUAACCUCCGCGGUGUUGUCGUCGCAGGCGACCCUGGCCUCGACUCCGACGCUCUCACCCCGGCCCGUAUCACGCUCUCGGUUCCUUUCGUCAACGCGCGCAUUCACCCCGUUGCCACUGCUCCAAUCUUUGCUUCUCACCCUCUCGACCUUCAGACUUUUGCACCUUCGUCAAUCGCCCACGUUGGCCCGCCGGUCAUCAAUGUGGAAGUGAAGCUGAGGGAGGUGAAUGAUGGGGAGGUGGAGAGUGGUAAGGACCCGGUGGGCAAGUUGUUCGUCAGGGGCCCGAUUGUGGGUAAGCUUUUGGCGGAGGGCGAGGAUGUGGAAGGAAAGAUCGAGGAAAAUGAGGAGGUUUGGGUCCCCACCGGCCUGGUCGCGCGCGCCCAGACGAAUGGUUCGUUCAAGGUUUGGGCGCCUACAAAAUGA